UAAGUAAUCCACUCAAACAAACAAUAAUGGAAAUUUAAAGGGAAUAAUAAAAAGUUGAUUUAUGUUAAAUAACUAAGGACCAUCCCUCAUUCACAAAAACAUGGUCCACCCUAUAAAUAACACCUUCACUCUCCUCGCUCUUCCCGCUUCCAUUCCAUAUCACACUUCCCUCAAAACCACACCCACUUACACAGUUACACUUACAUACACAAUUACACACACACACAACCUUAAAAAGGCUCCUGAAAUUAAUUAAAUCCAUCCCCCAAAAAUUCACACAACUUUCUAUAUUAUCAUAUCCAAGUUUAAUUAGUUUGUAAUAAUUCAUCUUUCAAAACGGGUCUUCCGUUGUGGAUGCUUGGCUUGGCCGCUGAACAGCUGCGCGCCGAUAUGAAUCGCUUACUUUCUCUCCUCUUCCACCAAGGGGUGUUGGAUGAACAAUUCUUACAAUUGCAACAACUUCAAGAUGAAAGCUCUCCUAACUUUGUUUCUGAAGUGGUCAAUAUUUACUUCCAUGAAUCUGAGAAACUACUCCGAAAUCUCAGAACUUUUCUAAUGGAUAGAGAAUUUUCAGAUUACAAAAAAAUAGGAAUGCAUUUGAAUCAGUUUAUGGGAAGCAGUUCAAGCAUAGGUGCUAAAAGAGUUAGAAAUGUAUGCGUUGCCUUUCGUGCUGCUUCUGAACAAAAUAACCGUGCUGGAUGUAUAAGAGCAUUGGAGCUAUUGGAGCACGAGUACAGCUAUCUCAAGAAUAAAUUGCAUGAACUCUUUCAAAUAGAACAGCAAAGAGUACUAGCAGCUGGGGUGAGGUACCCAAUACAACACAACAACAACAACUAGCUAAAACAAAAUUUGCAUUAAAAUCUCACUUAUAAUUUUCCUUACUAAUUUUGAUCCCUAUGUUUUCAGAAUUAGGUAGGGUUUGGUGCCAUACCAUUAUUAGUAAUAUUGUAUGCUUAAUUAGCUUAUAUGAAAAUCUUUAAUUGCUAAUUAUGUAAUGGGAUCAGAUCAAAUCAAAUCAGCAGUAGUUUGUAAGUUUCAAUGUUUGUCUUUUUAGAGGCAAUUAAUGAAUGUGCAGUUAAUUAAUUUU